AUGCUGGAAUAUAACACAAAGCCAUACACGAUGAAGAGCAUCCUGAAGGACAAAAAAGGGCCCCAAAAGCAGAGUAACUCUAUUGGGGCCGUGCGCUGGACGCUACCAGAGGAAACUGUUCAGGUCCACAGUUCUGCCCCCACCGGCCCCUUCAAGAGCAGUAGCGGAUUUUCUACCCGUUCACAGCAAAGGCAACGUCAGCAGGGCCUGCAGGACCUCCGCAGCUUGGAAGAGUGCAUCAGAUUCAUCAACCACUGGAAGCAGCAGGUGGCACAAGUUUGUAAGAACGAGGAUGAUCCCGGUGAAGGAUGCAGCGGACCGUCCGAGCGACAGACAGACCGCAGAACUGAACGCAGUGUUGAAGAAAGCCGCAAGCUUAUUCUUCAGUGGGCCAGUGAACUUCAAAGCGUAGACAAGCUGUCUAAAAAUCAUUCUUGGAUAAAGGAGAGGAUUGAUCAGGAGGAGGAAGAGGACACAAAGCAGGAUAAAGAUCAGAGUGAGGUGGUGCAGAAGAGGAUCACGGAGUGGGCCAAAGAGAUUCAGAGUGUGUCAGAGAGCUGUGGAAUGCUGGGAGAUGAGCUGGCACAGAUGUUGCGUCUCCUGGGACUGAGGAAGAAGAGGCUGGUUUCCCUCAUGCCACUGCUGGAGUUCAUUACUUGGAGUUUGCUAAAGGAAGACAGUAAGGGCAUGGUUCCUUAUCUGUGGCUUUCAGCUAAGCAGCGUACCUGGAAAGCUGGCAUGCCACGAUACAUCCCUAAUUCAGUCUGGAGCUGGAUUGUCAGUGCAGGAGCUGAUGUAAGUCUUGAUCCCAUGACCAUCAACCCUUGGCUGCAGCUCUCUGAUGACCACAAGAAGGUUCAGGAGGGCCUAACAGAAGCAGAUCUGCCAUACAGCCUUCAGCGUUUUGAUAGCUUGCCCUGUGUCUUAGGCUGGGAGGGCUACAUGAGUGGCCGCCAUUACUGGGAAGUGGAAUUUGCAAACAAUGGUUAUUGGAAAGUUGGAGUGACAACUGCUUCUUCAAAAAGGAACGGCCGCUUUCAAAUGAAUCCCUCUAAUGGUUAUUGGGUCCUGUGGCGCAGCACACGACAGUUCUUCGCCUGCACCAAUCCUGAAACGGCCCUGCCUCUGCUGCUGGUGCCCCGGAAAAUGGGAAUAUACAUCGAUUAUGAGGAGGGACAGAUUUCAUUCUACAACGCGGAGAACAAAUCACACAUCUUCACCUUCACAGGACACUUUCGUGAGAAGCUGUACCCUUUCUUUGCCCUUCUGGAUGGCAGGUCCGUUAUAACCAUAUGGUCUCCUAAAGAGCAUAGCCGCUUUUAACAACAAGGCAGGUUUUCAUCUUUCAUUCUGCACUUUCGUUUGAACAUUUAGAACUUAACAAAUGAUUCACUGGAACCAAAUCUACUGUCAACUAAAAAGAAACUAAUAGCGACCUUUCCAUUCAGAGGAUUCAACACCAUGGUGGGCUGGACCCGCUUAAUGAGAGCUAUUAAAAAUACACAGAUAUACAUCCUAUUAUUUUUUACAACAUGAUUGCUACACCUGGAUAUCUUUAUCCAUUUAUAAAAUGUAUCUUUGCAUAUUUUAUCUGGCUAAAUAAUUAUAUG